AUGCUUAUUAUAUUCUUUCUUUAUCUUCCUCUUCAUCCCAUCUCGUUUGUCGUCGCCAUUUUUUUUCGUCGUCAUUUUUUUACGACGCCAUUUUUUGUCUGUUUUAUUGUCCUUUUUUUUCUAGAUCUUUCCAAACACAUUUUAUUCUUAAACUUUUCUCUCGUUCAUUACUUUGAUCUUUCGUUGUUACGGUCUUCUCUUUUUCUUCCCCCCCCACUUUAUCUUUCCGUCUUACUCCUUCUAUUACUUCCUGUUUUUUUUUCCCUCUUUUUUUCUUCCUCUUUCCCUCAUUUUUCUUUUCCACACCUCUUUAUCUUACUCUCUCUUCUAUAUCAUUUUCUUUCUUUCUUUUUUAUUUUUUUUCUCUUUAUCCAUUUUUGCUUUAAACUCUUUUCUUUUUCAUUUAUUCUUCCUUUGCCACAUAUUUUCUAUUCGGUUCUCUUGUGUUCACUCCCGGAUUCCCUUCCUCUUCUAUUUUACACACUAUUCCCUAUCUAUCUAUCUAUCUAUCUAUCUUCAGUUCCAUUCUAUCUAUCUAUCUAUCUAUCUAUCUAUCUAUCUAUCUAUCUUCAGUUCCAUUCUAUCUAUCUAUCUAUCUAUCUAUCUAUCUAUCUAUCUAUCUAUCUAUUUUCAGUUCCAUUCUAUCUAUCUAUCUAUCUAUCUAUCUAUCUAUCUAUCUAUCUAUCUAUUCAUCCAUCUAUCUAUCUUAGUUCCAUUCUAUCUAUCUAUCUAUCUAUCUAUCUAUCUAUCUAUCUAUCUAUCUAUCUAUCUAUCUAUCUUCAGUUCCAUUCUUUCUAUCUAUCUAUCUAUCUAUCUAUCUAUCUAUCUAUCUAUCUAUCUAUCUUCAGUUCCAUUCUAUCUAUCUAUCUAUCUAUCUAUCUAUCUAUCUAUCUAUCUAUCUAUCUAUCUAUCUAUCUAUCUAUUUAUCUUCAGUUCCAUUCUAUCUAUCUAUCUAUCUAUCUAUCUAUCUAUCUAUCUAUCUAUCUAUCUAUCUAUCUAUCUAUCUAUCUAUCUUUACCCUAUUUUCCAUUUUUGUUUUCAACUUACUCCACCUACUCGUAUUUUUCCUCUCCCUUCUUUGUCCACACCGUUUCUUUCAUUCUCGUUUCUGUCUUCUUUCCUCUCCUCUCUCCUUAUUCUUUUCCCUCCUCUCCACAAUUUUCUAAUUUGUUUCUCUUCAUUCGUCUUUCUUCAUCCUUUUUGCAAACUACGUUUCCUUUUCAGUUUCUCUUCCGCUUAUUUUUCUUCGUCCUUCUCUGUUCGCGUUCUUCUUUUUCAUUGUUAGCGUUUCUUUAG